AUGAGCAGACUCACUAUAUUUCUUGCUAGACACUCGCAGAAGUUAGCUCUAGCCUUUGGGACCUUGGCUAUCGGCAUUGCUUAUGGGUGCCAACCUUAUUAUGAAGUGUGUUGCCGGUGGUCACUAGUGAAACAUAAGGCGAACGGUGAAACUAGACCGUCAGAUCGAAUUCUCCGGGCAUUCGACGAGGUUUGUGGACAGUUUGCCUUGAGUGAAAAACAGAAAGCACAAUUGGACAUUUUCCUAAUGACGGCAGACCAACCCGUCGCUUUGGGCUCACUCGUCUCCAAGGGUUAUGCCUUUAUUGGACUUCCUGCUUGUGCGGUCUAUUCAGACACGUCAGAAAUUCCCACUGAUGCUCUUGACUUUUAUACGUGA